CUACAGUGCUACAAACAGACAAUUAUCAAAAGUGACUGCGGUAGUGCCAUAGAGAGAAAUAUGGUUAAUUCUAAUUGAGCUUUUCAUGUCUGAAGGAAAAUUUUAUCGGUUUAUUAUAGUUUUUUAAGUUUUUAAUUUCUAGAUAUUGCUUAAGCAGAAUGUCUGCAUCUGCCCAUAAACAUCGUUACAAGAAUUCGGCUCUUGACUCUGUGGAACUCCGACGACGGCGUGAGGAAGAAGGAGUUCAGUUAAGGAAACAGAAACGAGAGCAACAACUUUAUAAAAGACGAAAUGUAAACGUUGCACUGUUACCAGAUGAUUCGGAUCCUUUGCAAUUGGAAGGCGAUAUCAUUUCUCAAUCUGCCCCCGGAAUAACUCGUGCCAUGGUGCAAGAUUUGUAUAGUGAUAAUAUAGAAGACCAAUUAAAUGCCACGCAGAAGUUCAGAAAACUAUUAAGUAGGGAGCCUAAUCCACCGAUUGAUGAAGUUAUACAGACGGGAAUUGUUCCACGUUUUGUACAGUUUCUACAAAAUACAAACAAUUGCACAUUGCAGUUUGAAGCGGCAUGGGCGCUGACAAAUAUUGCUUCUGGUACAUCGCAGCAGACUCGGAUGGUGAUAGAAGAGGGCGCUGUUCCUAUUUUUAUUGCAUUACUUAGUAGUCCUUAUGAUGAUGUUCAAGAACAAGCAGUUUGGGCAUUGGGUAAUAUUGCCGGUGAUUCGCCUGAAUGUCGAGAUCAUGUCUUAGAUUCCGGUAUACUCGUACCACUUUUACAGCUUUUAAGUAAGGAAGGUCGUUUGACAAUGACCAGAAACGCCGUAUGGGCUCUAUCAAAUCUUUGCCGAGGCAAAAAUCCUCCACCUGAGUUUUCUAAAGUUUCUCCAGGUUUACCAGUACUUGCCCGCCUUCUAUUUCAUACAGAUGCAGACAUGCUAUCAGACGCAUGUUGGGCUCUUAGUUACCUUUCUGAUGGACCUAAUGAUAAGAUUCAGGCUGUUAUUGAUGCUGGUGUAUGCAGAAGAUUGGUAGAGCUGCUUAUGCACCAACAACCUAAUGUCGUUUCGGCAGCACUGCGAGCAGUUGGAAAUAUUGUCACUGGCGACGAUGUACAGACUCAAGUAAUUUUAAAUUGUAACGCAUUACCCUGUUUGCUUCAUUUAUUAAGUUCUUCAAAAGAAACUGUCAGGAAGGAAGCAUGCUGGACUAUUAGUAAUAUAACAGCAGGCAAUAGGCAACAAAUUCAAGCGGUUAUAGAUGCUAAUAUAUUCCCAGUUUUAAUCGAAAUAUUAGGUAAAGGUGAAUUUAAAACUCGGAAAGAGGCAGCUUGGGCCAUUACAAACGCGACGAGCGGCGGCACUCCUGAUCAAAUUAGGUAUUUGGUCGAGCAGGGUUGUAUUAGUCCAUUAUGUGAUCUACUUACUGUUAUGGAUGCGAAAAUUGUGCAAGUAGCUUUAAAUGGUUUGGAGAAUAUCUUACGGCUCGGUGAUCAGGAUGCAAAGAAUCAUUCAGGAACAAAUCCUUAUGCAGUACUUAUCGAAGAAUGUUAUGGUAAGUAUUUGGGAGAAGAUAUAUACAGGGUCACUAUUCAAGACGGAACCAAAGCUCUCACGCUGAAACCGUGUUAG